GCUGUUCGUUGUGCGGUGUGGUACGAAUGGGAGAAACACCGAAGAAAAAUGGCUGAUGCGAAAAGAUCAACAAUCUCGACGACAAGCAACAGCAACAGCACACCCGGUGGUAGCAGCACCAGCAGCAGCAAGUCCCGCAAGUCCAAGAAUGACCUGAUCCGCAGCAUCGUGGGCUCGUAUCUGAAGGCGCGCAACUAUACCGUUACCGAUCGGCACCGGAAGACGGAUCUUGUGCUGACACAGUCAACCGAUCAAAUCGUCAUGAACACUGCCAUCAAGAACGAGAUAUCGAAGGUGAACAGCAUUCUGUUCUCGAACAUCGGUCUCAAUGCGAACCCAUCUCAGGUCGAUCAACAUUUUACCAAGUUCACCAAGUUCAUCCGCUGUCAGCCGGCAGCGGUGCACGCGGAUCUGAGCGAAAUCAUACCACCGUUGCUCUGCCAUCUGUACAUUGACAUGCUGAAGGGCCGCGACUGGCGUCCCGCCAUCGAAUUCCUUCGGAAACAUGCUCCGUUGGUGGGGAAAACGGACGCAACUAGUAGCACUCCCGCCGGACCGUCCACCGGUUCUGCCACCAAUCUACUGCUGCCAUUACUGCAACAAAACCAGCAACAGAAGCUGAACGGUACCGUCGAUGCCAACGAUCAGCGUGACGAUCAACGAACACUUCCAACCGCUUCCGCGGUGCAGAAUUCCAUCAUUCACUUCACACCCUCGCCCGCUGAUCCCGAGCGCACUCAGCUGUACAAACGAUUGAUACACACACUGUCCCAGUUGACGCACAUGCAGGACUGCGAUAGUGAUCCGCUUGUGGCGCAGUUUCGCUCCUGCCAAACGCAGCUGCGGUUGCGAUCAUCUUCAAACGCUACCUUACGUCAAUACCUGGCAAAACAUGGCCACUCGAUCAUCCUGCAGCCCCUGCGCACGUGGUUCUGCUUCGAAACGGUGGAAGAUAAAAACAUUAUCGACUACAACCCGGGUUCAGGAAGCGAAUCAUCAACACAGUCAGCUGGUCAACGGGAAGCUUCCAUGGUCCAGCCACAGGGAUUGAAUGCUAAUGGACAGCUAACCAAUGGUGUGCUCGGGGAACGGAGCCAAUCGCAGGAUCAAGCGCGAAAAUCGGCCACACUAUCAGCAGAAGGUACAAACGAGUAUGACUUUGGAGAGCAUACGACGCGUGAAAAUGAGCGAUACUUGCUUCUGAACGGGUUUACCAAGCCCUACAUACGGUACCGGUUGCUAGAGGAGGCUGAAAAUGGCAUGUCCAGUGGCCAUUUGCUCACUAACGACGAGGACGAGGAGGAGGACGAUGAUGAUGAUAACGAUGGUGUACGAAACGAUGCGAAAGUGACCGCAACGGUUAUCACCGAGCCGCAUCAUCAACCAGAAAGUACGAGCGACAAUGGAGCCGGGUUGGGUGCGCUGGGGUUUCCUCGGCGGCUCACGAGCCAGGAGCGUUUGAAACGGUUGCAGGAAAGUGCGGAGAAGUUAAUGCUUUACGAGCGUCCGCUAUGUGUGUACAGUUUAGAAAAUGUUGGUCACCAGCUGACCAGUGUAGCGAUCGAUCCUAGGUGCUGUCACGUGGCAAGCGGAUUUGAAAACUCUACCAUCAUGCUUUGGUCUACGAACCGGAGCACGCAAAUGGGUCGCAAACCGUAUGCCAGCUUGCGGGAUCGAGGGUGCAGCUGGAACGUAACAGCCUGUGAUAAUAGGUUUAGCGAGUCGGAAGAUUCUGAUGAUAGUGAUGAUGACGACGACGGCGGUGGAGAAGGAGUGACGGAUGAAGAACGCGGUUCCGGUUCCCGAAGCAUGUUCGAUCUUAAGUCAAAGGCCGACCUUGGCCGUAUCAACAAAUUGCUACCCCCGCACAGCCGACGGAAGACGAAAAGGGAGCGUUGGAAGCAGUUCUUGGAGCGACGAUGUUUAGAUAAUACUUUCACUGAAACGGGCGGUGUAGCAUUGCGUGGACACACAAAUGCCGUGACGGAUUUGCUCUUCUCCGAGCAUGACCCUUUACUGAUGAGCGUUUCCCGUGAUUGUACGAUGCGAGCCUGGACUGGUCACGACUACAACUGUCGAGCGGUUUAUCGAGGACACAAUCAUCCCAUCUGGACAGUAGCGGAAAGUCCAACCGGACUUUUUCUGGCAACCGGUUCCCGUGAUACGACGGCACGGUUGUGGUCCACCGAUCGAAAGUUUCCUCUGAUGCUAUACGCCGGACAUACGCAGGACGUAGACACGAUAGCGUUCCAUCCGAAUGGCAGCUAUCUGGCCACUGGAUCGACCGAUCUAACGGUGCGUAUGUGGUGUGUCACCAGCGGUAAACAGCUUCGCCUCUUCACCGAUUGUCGGCAACCGGUGCAGCGUGUGUGCUUUAGUCCGGAUGGCAAAUACCUUGCAGCUGGAGGUGAAGAAAGUCGUGUUCACAUCUUUGAUCUGGCGGCUGGUGCUCAGCUGACAGAGCUAAAAGACCACACCGCCGCGAUCUCUUGCGCUACCUGGAGUCCCGAUAGUCGUCAUUUUGUGUCAUCCUGCGUUGACGGUACGAUACGUAUUUGGGAUGCAAAACGCAUGCUAUCGACCAGCGUGGAUACGGCCACAGCGUCUGCUACGACGCAAUCGCACUCAACAGCGCACCAAACACAGCAUAGCAGUCAAGCGACAGUACUGAAUAAUGGGACCUCCACCUCGAAUCCAAAGAUCAACAUCACAUCCAACUCUUCAGCACAACAGCACUCUUUGAGUGCCACACGUAAUUCCAGCGCUACAACACAAGCACAGGUAGCCAGUGGGGUCGUUACAGGUGACCCCGUCACGGCGGUACCCGCAUCAUCGGCUGCGCCUCCACCGGAUCCGGCUUCUGUUCCUUCAGCUGCCAGCGAUGGCAAUUUACUGCUUGCAUACUCAACCGGUUGUCGGAGAAUUUAUCGACUGCACUAUAACAAGCUGGACGGUGGCUUGUGUUGUAUAGGCAGCAGCUAAAAACUACAAACCAACCUUCCCCCCGCCCCAAACCCCCUUUACACAUGCGUUCAGUACACACACCACACUCACCUGGUAUAAGUAUUAUUUAUUUGAAACUCAGUCCUCCACCAACGCCUAACCGGAAGCUAUAAUGGUUUCGGUCAGCUGCGAAGCGAGUGGAAUCGGCAUUAUGAUGUACAGAAAAAGCGUAGGGUAAAAACACAAAAGUGAGAGAGUAUGUUACUAAAACUGAGAAUAUUAUAGCUCAAGUAAGUGUCUGAGAUAGGUCGGUGUCGCCGUCUGCGCACGGUAUUCGGUAUCGUGUGGUGGCCGUUUCUUCACAUGAUACUUAGAGGAGAAACAAAAGAAAAUGAGGAAGAAUUAGAAAUAAGAAGAAUCGUUCGA